AUGAAAGUGAAAAGUCAAUUAAGUUCGUGAAAACUGUCGUGGUCUAACCACAGCUCAAACUUGACGGCCAUUGCACAUAAGCACGUUUUUCCUCAUAUGCUGGGAAGAGUUCGUUAUUAUAUGAGCUACAUGUUACUAAUACGUUAAUUUCAACGUAGUACGUUAUCAGCGCGGUCUAACAAACGUGACAGGAAUUCAACUGAGAGAAGAUUGAAAGCUAGGAAGUAAUGGAAACAGAAUCUAGGCGCAAGGGCCCUAGAAGCCCUAGUGCUGAUUCAGAUGAUUCCUCUCAUCCUAGAAGAAGAAGGAAGUAUGAUCGUUCACCAUCUCCAAGAAGAAGUAGAUAUCGUAGAUCUCGGUCUAGAGAUAGAAGAUCGCGUUCAAGUUCUAGAGACAAAAGGCGCAAGGAUUCCAGAGGAUCUCAAGAUUGGAAACAAGUUCCGCCAUCUCAGUCUCAAACCUCUUUGUCUAAUCCAACCAAUACUACUGGUUAUGUUUCAGCGGUACAUAAUCAAUAUCAGGCACCUCCACCAAACACAAGUCAGCCACCACCACCUAUGUCAGCCUAUAAUCAGGGAUACAACAACUAUGGCUACAACUAUGGCCCAGGCUAUGACUACAGUUAUCAGCAACCCACGGGCUAUCGAAGUGACUAUCCGCCUCCCAACUGGCAAGGAAAUCAAGUAUCUUAUAACAACCAGCAAGCACCACCACCACCGACAUUGGCAACGCAACAAGAAUCGUCGCGACCAAUUGACAGCAGUUCUUCUAACUUGGUGACGUCCUUAACAAGACCUGACAAUGUCAAGAAAGAAGCAGCAAUCGCAGCUGAAAUGAAACAACAGAAAGCAACAUUGGCUAAACAACGAGAGGAAUAUGUUAAGAAAUCUGCUACUUUGCAACGCGAACUGGAAAUUCUGCGUCAACAAUGUGACGAGAUAGGCAAGGAAGGUGGACGAGAAAAUAAUCGUAUUAUAAAAGAAAACCAAAAACUGCAAAUCGAGAUACAAAAUAAAAUGAAAUCUAUUCACAACGUCAUCGAUAUGCUCACUGGUAUCAUCGGUGACAAUGUUACUAUUGAUGACCUAAAGAGCAAGUUUAAGCUAGAAUUAAGCAAGCGUCGUUCGAGAAGUCCAAAGGAAGAUUUUCCGAAAGGAAAAUCACCUUCGCCCGAUAGAUCGUCCGGUUCCGGUUCGGAUAAGGAAGCCAAAGCAGAAAAAGACAUUAAAGAGAGAAAAUCGUCGGAGGACAAGCCAAUGUAUAAUUUCGUGCAUUACGAUCCGGAAAUGCAUUGGUGUAAAGUCUGCGAUAUCUUUCCUAAGACAGCAAAGGAGUAUUUAAAUCAUCUACAUAGCAAUGAGCACAAAGAAGUUUGUUUAGAACGCAAGAUUGUUGAUAUGCCAUGGCAUGAGCAAAAUAACGAAGGGACAGAGAAAGAAGUACCCUAUUUUCCUGGACUCCCGACAAAAAGAACUCCUAUCAAAGGUCUGCAAUUCUUCAGCGCAGCCACGGCUUGGUAUUGCAAACUCUGCAACUCCUGGAUAGGAGAUCUUCAUUGUGCCAGUCUGCAUCUGAAGUCUAAACGCCAUUCGGAGAACUUUUCUCGCUAUGUGGAACAAAAUCCGCAUUGGGAAACGGAUUGGAUGGCUGAUCGAGAAAAAGCAUUUUCCGAGGAGAAACAAAAACAGAUACAGUUGGAAUUGCAAAAGCAGAAAGAUGACGAUCCGCCAACAAAGUCGAAAAAAUCAAAGAAAAACAAGAAAAAGUCAAAAAAAGCUAAAAAACGCAGAGUUAGAAGCAGCGCUAGUGACUCGUCUAGCGAGUCAGAAAAUUCUGAUACCGAAUCCGAUCAAGAUACCACUAAAAGUAUACGCGUGGCAAUGCGAAACAAAAUGAAAGCAUCCACGCAGGCAAUUCUGAACGAGGAUAUAGAUUAUCCGCGUAUAAAACUAAAAGGACAUAGUUGGUCGAAGGGAUCGCAGCAUGUGAGUCAAUCGCCACAACCCGAGCAUUCGAUGGAAGCGGACGACAGGCAACUUCUGAAUUCGAUCAGAGACAAACUGAAGGCCAAACAAGAAGAGGAGAAGAGUCGCAAAAUAAACCAGGAGAAGGUGAUGGAAGAAGAGGAGGACUUGCGACAAGACACUUAUUCGAAAAAAUCAGAGGACUUGGAGGCUUGGGGCCCAAAAGAACCGCCGUCCAAGCCAUUCUGGAUAAAGAAGGACGAAGAGAAACAAUCGCAACCGAUUACAACAAACAAACCGAUCGAGCUGCCAAAACCGGAAGAAAUGCCGAAGCCGCACAUGGGAUUUUGGACGAAACAACAAGUAAAUAUGACAGUAAAGCCACCCGAAAGCAAAUCAGUAGAAAAAGAAGACGACAGAGAUCGUGACAGAGAUCGCUACAAGGACGAUCGCGAUCGCAAGUACAGCAGAUAUGAAAGGAGGAGCCGACGAGACAGAGAUCGGGAUAGGGACAGGGAUCGCGACAGAGAUCGAGACCGUGAUUACUACGAUGAUCGUCGUAAGAGAGACAGAGAUAGAGAUAGAGACAGUAACGACUCUCCAAGACGCGAUAGGAGCUGGCGCGACAGCAGUCCUAAGAGAAGCUACGAUAAAUAUAACAAAGACAGACGUGAUAAUGAUAAUAACUCGUCAAACGACGAGUCGAAGUUUGACAAGAAGUCGGGCGAUUCGAAAUCGAAGAAAGGUUCGGUUUCGACAAAGAAAUCCGCGCCACAAGUAGCAGCCAAAGGCAAGUUACCGUUUAUCGGUAGAUUGCCUCUUUUUAAGAAAAAAGUUGAGGAGCCAAAGUUGCCGGAAAAAGAUAUUACUCCAUUGCCCUAUCAACAGAGCAAGUUCGAGGACACGCCGAAAGUACCCAAUGAAAUUAUCAAUCCACCGGGUGUGGUGCACAUUACCAAAUUGGCAACUCCUAUAAACUUAAAUAACAAUAACAGUAAUAACACGAAUUCACCGACAAAUAAAUCUAGUACUAAUCAAUCUAUGAAAAUUUUGGUAGCGCCUCCACCACCUGUGCUAAAUGAGAGCAAACCGACGCAACAGGUAGUUGAUAUGGAGAUAGACGAGCAGUCCGAGGAAACUGUGAUAGAAGAGCAACCGAUAGUGGAGCAACAAAAACAACAACAACAACAACAACAACAACAAACUUCGAGCGUAUCGAAAUUACCGUUACCUCCACAUCCACCACCACCACUUAACAGGCCACCACCUAGCUUCACUCCAAGCCAGCAACAACAAUCACCGGUACAAAAUAGACCACCCCCGGUGCAGAGUACACCGCCGACACCGCAGUUCACGCCAAACCGACCGCCUCCGCCGUUUAUAUCGACUCCGCCACCGUUUGUCCAGACAACGCAGAGAUUCCCACCUCGUCCAGCCGUACCGCCUGCUGCUUUCAUGGCGACACAGCCACCACCAAUACCAACUACUGUAGGUUUCGUGCAGAAUCAUCAGAAUCCGCCACCGCCGCCGCUCCCAACUGGAAUAGCAGACACGAGCACAGUGGCGCCGUCACAUUCCGAUGUUUCUGAUAUACCGGAACCGUCGGAGAAGCGGCCAACUGAUCCGAGCAUUCCGCUACCGGACGACCUGCAGGAGGCUCUCAACAUAAUCUUCCCUAAAGAAGAAACAGCGGAGAGCAAGCAGCAACAACAGCAACAGCAGCAGCAACAGAGUCAGCAAGAAUCUAGCCUCUUAUAUUCUUCGAUGUACAGUAUGUUGGGUUGCGUGGAAUAUGACCACGAAUACAUGGACCAGCCACCACCUGAAAUUAUGCAAGAAGCAGAGGCUGAUACUCAACCUGGACCUGACGACCUCCGUAUGCUGGGCAUCGAUGAAGGAGACACGACAUUGUAAAUCGUGCUCACGACCAAGAAUUUAUUGCAUCAGUGAUAAAACAAAAAAAAAAAAGUUGCUCUAUAGAUUUGUAUUGAUAUUGAUCAAGAUUCUUUCUAUAAUGCACGCGCACGAAGUAUUUCUUUAUAUCGCGAUAGAAAGAAUUAAGUAUUGUUGAUUGAUCUGUGCUUAUCACUUAUUUUAACUUGUUUUAAAACUGAAUACGUGUUAAAAAAAAAAAAGAAGAAAAACAUCCACUAAUAGGUAAUCUUUAAAUAUUGUGAGUACACAUAAAUAUUACAUACAAUCUUGUAAAGAUUAAUUAACAUUUUACAGUGUCUAAAAGCUUUAUUAAUUGGCUCUGUAUUUGUGUGAGUCAAUCUUUAGUUUGCAUCUGCUUCAUCUGUGUGAAUAGUAAAGCUUUAAUAAUACAAAACAAGUUUAAUAAAUUGUUUUUACCUUUGGUCUUGUCAAAUCAGACCAGGAAUUAAACACAUGUCAGGCAAGAAAAAUGUAAAAAAACGUGAUUUUCGCAAAUCAGUUCAAAAGUAUGCUAAACUUAUCGGUAGAUAAACAUUUUUAAAGGCGUUAAUGCUGAUCUUUGUACAGCAGAACUUAUCAAUUUGUGGACUAUAAGUAUUUUUUUGUUAUUUUAUAUUCUAUUUCUUUAAUUUCAACAAUAGAUAAGAUGCUAACAAGACAACGCGGUUGUCUGUUUUGUUUCGUGAUAGUUUUGUGAGUUUUAUUUUUGGAAUUUAUGGAGGCACCAUUGGCGCAACUUACAUCGAUAUUAACAUAAGCAACUCCGUUAACAUAUGCAAUUGACGUUUUAACUUUUAUCUGUGUACACAUAAAUAUCAACAAAAAAAAAAAAACGUCGUCGAAAAUCUACAAGUCACUUGGAUAAUUGUAUCAGAUGUUAUCAAUGAGUUAUAUAUAUCAAAACAACCGAGAAAAGGUAUAAAUAGUAUCAAUAAAAACAACACACAUCGUAUACAUCAACGUGUUCUAUGAUAUUUUAUACUGCACAUAUGCAUGAGUCGUAAGUUUGCGUGAUAUAUACUUAGUAUGUAUAAUUUGAAAUAUAAGAGAAAAUUAUUUUUAUCGACUGGAAUUUAUAGAUGUAAACAUUGGAAUGUAAGUAUAUAAGACACAUGCAUAGAUAGACAUACAUGUAGACAUUCUCCUAAGAGUAAAAUUUUUUUGUAAAGCAAUCACUCUUUUGUUGCUCUUUUUUUUGUCUUUUCUUAAUUUUUUACUUUUAGUCUUACAGUCAAUGUCUUGUAUAUCAAUGUUUUAUUACAGAUAAUAUCACACUGAUUCGUUAUUUUUUUUUUCUUUUUUUUUUUUUUUUUU